AGCCAACUGGAAAAUAAAUCUCAAACGAAGAAGAAACAGAAGCGACGUCAAAUGCGGAAACAAGAUGGAGGACCGAAGAGGAGUUUGGACGAAUUCUAUCCUGAAAGAUGACUGUUACACGGAGUUCGUGGGGGACGACUUCGACGUGAAGACGUACGCCGCCCAGGUCAUCCAGCAUGCCGUGAUCGCGGAGCAGCUGGGCGGACUCGCGCAGGGCAUCAGCCGGCUGGACAAGGAGCUGCACGGACAGGUCGUUGCGAGACAUGAGGACUUACUGGCUCAGGCCACCGGGAUCGAGUCUCUUGAAGGAGUUCUUCAGAUGAUGCAGACCAGGAUCAGUGCUCUGCAGGCAGCUGUGGACAGGAUGAAGACCAAGAUUGUGGACCCUUACAACAAGAUUGUGGCCCGGAUCACACAGUUAGCCAGACUGCAGGUGGCCUGUGACCUCCUGAGGAGGAUCAUUCGGAUCUUGUACCUCAGCAAGAGGCUGCAGGGGCAGCUGCAGGGCGGCAGCAGGGAGAUUACCAAGGCAGCUCAGAGCCUCCAUGAACUGGACUACCUGUCUCAGGGUGUGGAUCUGAGCGGCAUCGAAGUGAUUGAGAACGACCUGCUGCUGAUCAGCAGAGCCCGGCUGGAAGUGGAGAACCAGGCCAAGAGGCUGCUGGAGCAGGGCAUGGAGAUUCAGAACCCCAGCCAGGUUGGGACAGCCCUGCAGGUCUUCUACAACCUGGGCAGUCUGGGAGAGACCAUCAGGUCUGUAGUGGGGGGCUACCAGACUGCCAUAAAGGAUCACAUCUGCAGCGCCCUGGACAUCAAGGGGCUGACUGUGCCAGCAAACCCCAGAGGUGCUCCUGGUAGAGCAGCCCUUCCCGCUCCAGGAAACACCGCCGCCUGCCGUGCAGCUCUGUGGACCAACCUGGAGAAACUGAUGGACCACAUCUGUGCCGCAUGGACACAGGUGCAGCACUUGCAGAAGGUCUUGAUGAAGAAGAGGGACCCCGUCAGUCAUGUGUGCUUCAUCGAGGAGAUUGUCAAGGACGGUCAACCUGACAUUCUCUACACCUUCUGGACGGACGUCACCAGCACCCUGAACGAUGAGUUUCACAGAGCGGCUGAAGCCUCGUCCUUCCUGAAACAAGCGCUUGAGGGGGAGUAUCCCAAACUGCUGCGACUCUACAACGAGCUGUGGCGCCGCCUGCAGCAGCACAGCACUGGCCCGCAGGGGGCGCCAACGAGUGCAGCGAUGGACGCGUCUCUGGACAUCGGUACUACAGAAACGGACGCGUCCGAGCUUUUCAUGAAUAUCAAACAGGACUACAACCCGGAGAAAGCUCUGAAGGAUUCCCUGCAGGAUUACGAGUCUGCUUACCUGUCCAAGUCCCUGUCUCGCCUGUUUGAUCCCAUCAACCUGGUGUUUCCCUUGGGGGAGCGCAGCCCCCCCUCCAACGACGAGCUGGAUGGCAUCAUCAAGACUAUCAGCAGCGAGCUGAACGUCGCCGCGGUGGAUCCACACCUAUCCACCUCUGUGGCCAAGAACGCCGCCAAGACCGUGCAGCUCUUCUGCGUGAAGUCCGAGCAGCUGCUGUGCACUCAGGGCGAUGCCAGCCAGGUGAUUGGUCCGUUAACAGAGGGUCAGAGGAGGAAUGUGGGCGUGGUGAACUCCCUGUACCGCCUGCAGCAGGGCGUCCUGAAGAUCCUCUCUGGUCUGGUCUCAUGUCCGCCGCCUGCAGUGGAGGCCCUCUCUUCUUCUCUGGAGGCCGUGCACUCGCUGAUGGGCAGUGCGCUGGCACCCUUGCUGCAGUCUGUGAGCGACUCCAUUGAAGCCAUCAUCUUCACCCUUCACCAGGAGGACUUCUCCGGGCCCGUGUCCAGCCCGGAUAGGCCGGAUGUCCCGUGUUCCCUGUACAUGAAGGAGCUGCAGGGCUUCAUCAGCAGGGUGAUGGCCGACUAUUUCAGACCCUUCCAGUGUGCAGACUUUAUCUACGAGAAGACCGAGGCCAUCGCCCAGAGAGCCAUCCAGCUGUUUGUUCGCCACGCCAGCCUGCUGCGCCCGCUGGGGGAGGGCGGCAAAAUGAGGCUGGCUGCUGAUUUUGCACAGAUGGAGAUGGCCGUGGCGCCGCUGUGCAGGAGGGUGUCUGAUCUGGGGAAGUCCUACAGGAUGCUCCGCUCCUUCAGGCCUUUCCUGUUUCAGACCAGCGAGUUGAUCGCCGCCAGUCCAGCUGUGGGAGACCUGAUCCCCUUCAGCACCCUGCUCCACUUCCUGUUCUCCAGAGCCCCCCCUGAGCUCAAGUCACCCCACCAGAGAGCAGAGUGGUCCGUCGCCCGUUACUCCCAGUGGCUGGACGACCACCCCUCUGAGAGAGACCGCCUCUCCCUCAUCAGGGGCGCCCUGGAAGCCUACGUGCAGUCAGUCCGGACCCGGCAGGGGAAGAAUUUCGCCCCCGUCUAUCCCAUCAUGCUCCAGGUCCUCCAAAAAGCCACCAGCGGACCAGAGGCCUGAUGAGUUCAUGCUGGGUUUUCAAAUGGGCCACUUCCACUGGUUGGGUGGGGGCUCCUCCACCAGGGGCUCCCAUGGUUUCCACUCAGACAUUUUCCUGGACAGAGCCAGCUCGCACUCGGCCUGCAGACAGGACACAGACUGGGGGUCAGGGGGGGGUUAACAUUGAGGAAAAUAAAUCCAAACUGUAUAAACAAAGU